AUGUAAAAGACCACUCUCAAUUAUUCUUGUGCAGAUUUAACUCACAAAUAAGCAUAACAGGAGAAUGCCAAAUUUGGGAUUGUGAUUGACAAGGAAAACUCGUAUGCCGUUUUGCAAAAGAAGAAGUAGCUUCAAAAUAGGGAAAAUAGUAGUCAAUCUUAAUAAAAGGCAGAUUUUCGAUCCAAUAGUGGUUUGUAGAAAACAUCUUCACUCCAAUAAUUUUACAGAGCCUCAUCCACAAACGAUAAAAAUUCUUAUCAAAAUCAGAAGAAUACCUAUGCAUACUUAAAGGACAUGAAAAAUUCGUCGGCUAUUUAGUAACUUCAAUAGAGUGGUUACCAAUAGCGUCACAUCUCCUCGAAACAACUUAAAGAGUAGAAUGGUAAGUUAACUGAAUAAGCAUCAAAUAAUUAGUUGAAGACAAAUACACUUGAAGGUUAUGAGGACAAGAAGCUGAGUCUAAAAUUUAUGAAAAGUUGUUAGGAUAAAUAAAAAAAUCUGAAAUCUAAAGAUCAACCAGAAUAUAACAAUCAAUAAAUCUUGGACAAUAAAGCAGAUAAACUCAGAUACAAAUAAUAAGGCCUAUUGGCUAAGUAUUUCCCAAUCCAAGCAAAUGAGUAAGCUAAUGAUAAAAACACAGAUGACAAAAAACAAACAAGAGAUGUCAAACAAAUUUACAAUAUUUACACACAAAUCAAAGAUAUUAAAAAUUACUACUCCAAUUCCUUAAAACAAACCCAAGAAAAGAAAGGACUAUAACUUCAGGAUUUUGUGACUCAACUCACUUCAAACAACAUCAAAACUUCAUCAAAACAAUUGGUCAAUAACUACACUCAUCUGAAAACAGACAGAUAAUAGUAUAACGAGGUGAAACAAACUCAUCUCUAUAAAAGUAGUGAGACCUAACAAAGUGAACCUUUUCUAUAUUACAUUUCAACCAUUCUAUAAUCAUUGAGAAGACAGGAAUCAAAUAGACAUGACGAUAAAAUAAGGGAUCACUUUUCGUAAACCUAUUAAGGAUUGCUAUUUGCAAAUCAACUGGAUUUGACCUUUGAUGAAGAUAAGAUUGUUCAUCUCCCGAGAUCUAAUAAUUUGAAAACUAUUGUGUUUGAUUUGGAUGAAACCUUAAUUCACUGCAAUGAACAUGCUUAAAUUCCAGGGGAUGUCAUACUCCCUAUUACAUUUCCAAAUGGCGAAACUGUCCAAGCCUCUAUCAAUAUUAGACCUCACGCUUAGAAGGUGCUCUAGACCCUCUCUAAACAUUUUGAGAUCAUUAUUUUUACAGCCUCGCAUUCCAGUUAUGCCAACAUCGUGAUUGAUUACUUGGAUCCCAAAAGACAAUGGAUCUCUCACAGAUUUUACAGGGAGAACUGCUUAUAGACUCCUGAAGGGGCGUAUGUGAAGGAUUUAAGAGUGUUAGGAAAUAGGAAAUUAUCGAAUGUGCUUUUAAUUGAUAAUGCUGCAUACUCAUUUAGUUAACAGAUUGAGAAUGGAGUGCCAAUCAUCUCUUUUUACGAUAAUUAUGAUGAUUAGGAACUGCUGCUUUUACAAAACUAUUUGUUGAGUUUUAGAUACGAAAAGGAUGUGAGAGAUUUAAAUUAAAGAAUAUCUAAAGGAACUACUGUAAAGUUUAUUUGCCAUGUACAUAUGAUUGGUGUUAUUGAGCCUGUGGAUAAUUGUGAAUGA